AUGCACAACAAUAGUUCAUUGCAAAACUGCACGGAUCCCCCGACAGAUUUCCACACCUCCCUCUACGCCGCCACCUACACAAUCAUCUUUGUCCCCGGACUCCUAGCCAACAGUCUUGCCCUCUGGGUUUUGUGCCGCUUCAUCAGCAAGAAAAGCAAAGCCGUCAUUUUCAUGAUCAACUUGGCGGCGGCCGACUUAGCGCAUGUUUUCUCUUUGCCUUUGCGCAUGUACUACUACCUCAACCACAGGUGGCCUUUCGGGAGCUUCCUCUGCCAGGUGUGCUUCUACCUCAAGUACCUCAACAUGUACGCAAGCAUCUUCUUCCUGACCUGUAUCAGCAUCCAGCGGUACCUCUUCCUGCGCCACCCUUUCAAAGCCAAAGCCUGGAAGCGCAGGUACGAUAUCGCCAUCAGCGCUGCCGUAUGGAUGGGGGUGGGGGCCGCUUGCUUGCCUCUCCCAAUCCUCAGGAGUUCCGAUUUAUCCAAUGACACCAGCACUUGCUUUGCGGACCUUGGGAUGAAGCAGGUGACGGUCGGAGCCUCGGUUGCCUUGGUGGUAGUUGCUGAAUUUGCUGGGUUCGUGGUCCCCCUCGCGCUCAUCAUUUACUGCACGUGGAAAAUGAGACAAUCCCUGCAGGAGUUCCACACCCCCUUGCAAGCCACCAGUGAGAAGCGGAAAGCUUUGCACAUGAUCUUGGCCUGCGCCGCGGUGUUCUUUGUAUGCUUCACGCCCUACCACGUGAACUUCCCCAUAUUUAUGAUGGUGAAACGGGAAGCCAUCCUGGACUGCGCUGUGCGGCACAGAGCUUUAUACUUUCACCCCGUUUCUUUGUGCUUGGCGAGUCUCAACUGUUGUCUGGAUCCGAUUCUCUACUACUUCACAACGUCAGAGUUCCAGGACAGGCUCCUCUGCUGUAACAAAGCCGCCAUCUUGAAGCGUCUCACCAACCACGACAGCAACAGCGCAACGUCAUCAGCUGGGGAGAGAAGUGACAGUCACAAAAAUAAAAGCAUUUUAACGGCCUACUUUUGGGCUCGGCGGCCGCACAGGUUUGAAAGAGACAGCAUGGAGUCUCCUCUGUCUUGUUAA